AAUGUGCAUUUGUGGUUUAUCUUCAAAAUCACUCGCCUCUCUAUCUCUCACAAGAGAGAAGAGACCAGUUAGCUCAGGCAUAAAGGCAGAGGAACCAACUAUCUUUUGGAACUUCUUUCUUUUUCUCUUUCGUGCAGAUUCUGUAAACCACUAGUUAUCUCUUCUGCAUGUUUUGUUCAGCAUUAUUCAAAGAUGAAAGGAAUAGACAUCUUCUGUGUAUCUCAAGCUUCAACUGCCAUUUGUUUAAGCAUGGAUCAAGCUUCUUCUUCCUCCCCCUCCUCCUCCAUUCUCCUCGGCGGCCGUGCCAUUGACCGCCAUAACCCCAUCAUCGGAGACGGAAGAAGAUUCCCCAAAGGUCUCCCCACCGCCCCUUGUGUUUCUGACCCGCCGCCUAUCAAUCCCAAACCUUACCACCAACUUCAAAAGACGAGAAAAACUUCUUCCAAUAAGUCAUCAUCAUCAGGUGAUCAAACCAAGAAACACUCAAGCGAUCAAAAGAAAAAGACUUCAUCCAAAUCAUCCGAUGUCACUAAGAAGACCAACACUUCCAAGGCCAGUGAUACUGCAGAUUGCAAGAACAAAGGUUUCGAUGAGAUUAUCGACGUCAAACAGAAGGGAUGUGUUAAGUCACUGGGUGAUCUAAUCACUCCACCUGGCUCGUCUAGAUAUCUCUUGAGUGACGCUAAUUUCUUUGAUGGGGUAUCGGAUUAUGACCCAGUUUUGGCAUUGGCUCCAGUUGAACCCAGAAAAAAGCCUCUGCAGACUGUUAAACAAGAUGUUGAAUCCACUGCUUCCAAACUCUCCUCCUCCUUCUCCUCCUCCUCAUCUCGCUCUGAAAAGCCUUCUUCAAACCAGGUCGUAGUUUUGAGAGUGUCAUUGCAUUGCAAAGGCUGUGCAGGAAAAGUAAGGAAACAUCUAUCCAGAAUGGAAGGCGUCACAUCGUUCAACAUAGAUUUUGCGGCCAAGAAGGUGACGAUUGUUGGAGAUAUAACCCCCUUAAGUGUCUUAGCCAGCGUCUCAAAAGUGAAGAAUGCGCAAUUCUGGCCAGCUGCACCACCCCCAGAUUCGGCUGCAUCUGCAGUUUCUUCCGCUAAUAAUCAAGAAAUCAAGAAAUAAGAUCUAGAGCUAUUACUGUACAUGUAAAUUAUGGGGUGUGCUGAUUAGGAUGGUGAGGCCGAAUCGGAAUCUUUGUUGCUUAGAAAAAGAAAGUACGAAAAGUCUUUUAUUUUACCAGAACUUAUGCUCUGAGACUGCUGUAGCUUAUAUUAACCUGGAAAAAAGCCUGGAAUCUUUUAGAAAUUAUUAUGAAAUAUCAGAAUUCUGAUGGAAUUGGCCCA